UCUGAUUUUCCCAAUUCUACGUGUGUUUCUUCUUCCGCAAAAUUUGCCAAAUCCUCCAAUAAAUUGCAGAUUUUUUCCUCUGCCGAAUCCUCAACAAAUUCAAAUCCAUAUAUGUAAACGUGCUCACAAUAGAAGCACGAGAAUUUCACAAAUUUCACCACCACUUCCAUUCAAAAAUCUGAGAAAUAGAAAACGAAAGAGUGAGGGAGGAGUUAGAAAAUCCAAGCUUUAUUUUCAACUCAAUCAAAUCACUAUUUUCAGAAAAUGGCCCCGAGAUGGAAAGGGAAAACAGCCGAAGCAAAAGCCCUAGCAGAGCCAAUGUCUGAAAUAAUCUCGAAGCUUCAAACCUCUCUGAUCGAAUCCAAUGCUCAAGGACUGCUUUCAGGGAGUGCGGUGCUUCUGCAAGCCCUCCCGGAACAAACUGAACUACUGUACCGUGCUUGUAUUGGUCGUCCUGUUAUAACUGCAGAGAAGGAUAAGCAAUGGCACCAACUAAGUUUCGAGGAAGCUCUAUACUUGUGCUCUGUCUUGAAAUGCAUCAAUGUUGCUGGUGAAAAUAAGUGUGCGAAGAGUGAUGAAGAGCUGUGGCAUUACAUGGUGGCCAGGAGAGUUGGUUUCCCUGUUCUGUUUAAAGCGUAUUCUCAUCUUCGCAGGAAGAACUGGGUGGUGAGGGCAGGGUCUCAAUACGGUGUCGACUAUGUUGCCUACCGUUACCAUCCAGCUUUCGUGCACUCCGAAUAUGCAGUCCUUGCCUUGGCUGAUGAGGAUGGCGAUGGUGAAAAUGCGCGGUUGAAGGUCUGGUCCGAUUUUCACUGCACACUUCGACUUUGUGGCAGUGUUGCGAAAACCUUGUUGGUUCUUCACAUCAGCAGAAACGGGGAAGACACCGCCUCUCUCUCUCGUUUGGAGCAUUAUUCUGUCGAGGAGAGGAUUGUGACAAGGUGGAAUCCUGAGGCUUCCCAAGCUCUACCAAAAGUUCAGAUUAAUGACGAUGAUGAUGAUGAUUUGAUCGAUGAGGAUAGCCUACUUACCGAAGAGGAUUUGAAAAAACCCCAACUGCUGUUCUUCUGCAUAGGUGAUUGUGAAGUUGGAAUCACAAAGAAAUCUCGCAAAAAAUUGCAGUUGUGGAAGAGCUGGAGAUGAGGAGAAAGUGAAGCUUGGACUUAAUAUGGACCUGAAUGUUAAUCCUCAGUCUGCUUGUGGAAGUGUAUUGUUAAUUCCAUUGUUUUGCUGAUUUUCAGAUUUGGUGUUGUUUUACUCAAUUGGGAUUCCUUUUUGUGCAGUGUCAUAAAUCUGUGUAUGGCACAAUAAAGUUGCAUUGGCUGGAUUCGGGAUCCAAUUGAUAAACUUCCUUGGUAUUCUUUUGAUUCAUCAUCAAUAUUUCUUUAUCAUGUUAUCCAUUUUUUCAAUCUUA